GCGCGCCGGAAGAAUAAGAGGUUAGUGGUGUGAAAGAGCGACACAGGAGAAAGAACGCGUGAAAAGAUGAAAUGUGGCAGGAAUAUUCUUAACGUGUAUGUGAGCCGCGUGGGACUUGUGUCCUUCGCCAUCCAGCACGAAGGUAAUAAUUAAGUCAGGAUGGCUUGUUUAGCAGUUCCUGUGGUUGACGUCCAUAAUGAUAACUUUGCCGAACUCUGGCCUUCCAUGUUGCUGGCCCUUAAGACAUCGACCUUCGUAGCUGUAGACACAGAAUUAAGCGGUCUGGGAGCAAGGAAGAGUUUGCUUAACCAGUGCAUUGAGGAGAGGUAUAAGGCCAUAUGCCAUGCUGCCAGAACACGGUCCAUUUUGUCCUUGGGUAUCGCUUGCUUCAAAGAGCUGCCGGAAAAGGGAGAAAAUACAUAUUUAUCCCAAAUCUAUAACCUGACGCUGCUGUGUAUGGAGGAUUAUAUCAUAGAGCCACAGUCUGUCCAAUUUCUAGUUCAGCAUGGCUUUGACUUCAACAAACAGUAUUCACAGGGGAUACCGUACUACAAGGGCAACGACAAGGGGGACGAGCGUCACUUGCAGAGCGUCCGCACUCUCUUCCUGGAGCUGCUUCGUGCUAAGAAGCCCUUGAUCUUGCACAAUGGGUUGAUAGAUCUGGCCUUCCUGUAUCAGUGCUUCUACGCACACCUCCCAGACAGCCUGGGGAAUUUCAUUGCUGAUCUCUCCGAAAUGUUCCCGGCGGGAAUCUAUGAUACCAAGUAUGCUUCGGAGUUUGAGAUUCGAUUUACAGCAUCCUACCUGGAGUAUGCUUACAAAAAGUGCAAACGCGAGAACUACAAGCUCAUGGACUCCAGUGCCAAGCACCUGGCUGUUGACUUUUGUAGCUAUCCCACAACUCUGUCGGCUUAUGUGGAUUACCGGCACUGCUCCCUGCCAGACCCCAACCAAGAUAACUGCAAGACUGCAUCUCUGCACAUCUGCAAGAAGUUUUCAGCCUACGGGUGGUGUCCAAACGGGCAGAAGUGCACGCAGUCCCAUGACAUAGAUCUUAUUAUUGACGAGGAUGAAAAGUUAAAAGAUGACAAAAGAAAGAAGAGGAACAAAAGGAAGAGGAGAAAGAAUGCAGUAGAGCUUCCCAAGGACUGCGAUAUGGCAGCUGACGUGGAGCCACCAUGUAAGCAGCCCUGUGGGAGCCCGCAGCAGGCAGGCGUUUACCAGCAAUAUGAAACAAAUAAAGAGACGCAAGACGAGAAGUCUAAUAACGCAGACUGUGAGAUGCAGGAAGAGCUGAAAGGUUCCGCAACCUCACAACACGUGGAGAAAACAAAGGUGGGCCAAGAAAAAGAGUCCCCAGAUGUACGCCAUCUUGGAGGUGGCAGCAUAGGGACUCAGCCAGACUGUGCUGAAAUGACAAGCGACGGCUCGGAUACCAAAGUCUUAGCGGGCCGUAGCCCACAGCCACCGGCCCCUACCGGAGGAAAGCAGGUUCAGUCCUCAGAAAGUGGCACCCACCGGGCUGGGUUCGAUGCCUUCAUGACUGGUUACAUUAUGGGAUAUAUAUGGAUGCUGAAGAAAGGUGCUGAGUCCUCUGCAGCCGACUGUCUCUCUGACUGCCACAAUAAAGUGUAUCUGAGUGGGAAGAAUAUCCCUCUGCAGAUAGUGAAAAGCGUCUUCUCGAAGUCCUCCAAAGCUCAUACUCAGAAGCUGAGACUUAUCUCGGUUAAUGGCUCCUAACGAGCAGGGACUGUGCCUUAUUUCUUCAUUUGUAAAUAUGGUUUAAAA